AUGGGCUCUAUCCUCAUCACGCUCUUCAGCUUCACACUCAGUCUCAUCACACCGAUGUUUGUGGGACACCUCGGUGAGCUUGAGCCUGCCGGCACAUCGAUCAGCAACAUCGACAUCCAGGGCCUACCUUAUGGCGUCAUGCUCAUUGGGCAAGAGGUAGAUGUGGCUGUGGUGGGGCAGCUGUAUGCUCGUGGCCUGCUGCCACAGCUGCUUGCUUUUGCCCUCUUCUUCCUGAUGCAGAGCAUCAAUUACUGGAACUGGGACUUUCAGAUCAUGCUUGGCUUGAGCUAUGCAGCCAGUAUUUGUGUUGGUAAUGAACUUGGUGCUGGCCAUCAAAAGGUAGCAAGGUUCUCAGUCAUUGUGGUUGUCAUGGCAAGCAUCACCUUCAGCAUUUUUGUGACCCUUUUAGUCAUAACUCUGAGCACUCUGUACACGAGCAGCACCACAGUAAUCGAGGCUGUUAACAGUCUGAUGCCAUUGCUGGCCUUCAGCAUCUUCUUGAAUGGGAUUCAGCCAAUCCUCUCAGGAGCUGCCAUUGGGAGUGGAUGGCAAACAAUAGUUGCCUAUGUCAAUGUUGGGGCCUACUAUCUGAUUGGGCUUCCAAUUGGAUGCAUCCUAGGAUACAAAACAAGCCUUGGGGCUGCUAGGAAGAUGCUGAUUAGUUCCAGCCCAUCUUUGUGUUCAGGGAAUGUGGUGGCGUUUAAUCAUAAGGGUCACUGUGCAAACAAUAGCCCUGAUCAUUCUUACAGCCAGGACUAA